AUGUGCUUUAUUCGGCUGUUGAAGAGUUUGGUGGAGAGGAGAAGAAUGGUUAAAUCAUGGCUCAAAACCGCCUCUGGUCUCAAAAGGCAGCAGUUUGAUAUUCAACAGCAAGCUUUGAAGCUUACCGCAAACAGUAUGUACGGUUGCUUGGGCUUUUCUAGUUCUAGGUUUUUUGCAAAGCCACUUGCCGAGCUUAUUACCCUGCAAGGUAGAGAGAUCUUACAAAACACUGUUGAUCUGGUUCAAAAUAAUUUAAACUUGGAGGUUAUUUAUGGUGACACGGACUCCAUAAUGAUAUAUACUGGACUGGAUGACAUCUCCAAGGCAAAGGCAAUUGCUGGAAAGGUCACUCAGGAGGUGAACAAGAAGUACCGUUGUCUGGAGAUUGAUCUUGAUGGUGUAUACAAAAGAAUGUUGCUUCUCAAAAAGAAGAAAUAUGCUGCUAUUAAAGUGGCACUAGAUGGCAGUUUAUUAGAGAACACUGAGCGCAAGGGACUUGAUAUGGUCAGGCGUGAUUGGAGUUUGCUGUCAAAAGAAAUUGCUGAUUUUUGCCUGAAUCAAAUUUUGUCUGGAGGGACAUGUGAUGAUGUUGUUGAGUCAAUACAUAAUUCUCUCGUCCAGGUCAAAGCACAGAUGAAAAGUGGUGAAAUAGAGCUUGAAAAAUAUAUCAUCACAAAGAGUCUAACGAAAGCGCCAGAAGAUUAUCCAGAUGCUAAAAACCAGCCUCAUGUCCAGAUUGCUUUAAGACUGAAGCAAAAUGGUUUAUCUGGAUGCUCUGCAGGUGAUACAGUUCCUUAUAUUAUUUGCUCACAACAGGCAAUUCUAACUUUCUUUGACUAUUCCAAACAGGAUUCAGAUAAUACACAUUCUGGGGGAGUUGCUCAAAGAGCUAGGCAUCCGGAUGAGUUAACACGAGACCCCAACAAGUGGAUGAUUGACAUCGAGUAUUAUUUGUCACAGCAGAUUCAUCCUGUGGUUUCUCGCCUGUGUGCUUCAAUUGAGGGUACUAGCCCAGCCCGACUGGCUGAAUGUCUUGGACUUGAUUCCUCCAAGUUCCAAUCAAGAUCGACCGGGUCUAGCAACAAAGAUAUGUCUAGCAUGCUCUUAUCUGUAACUGAUGAUGAAGAAGAGAGAUAUUGUGGCUGUGAGCCGAUACGCCUAUCAUGCCCAAGCUGUACCAGUACCUUCGAGUGUCCCCCUGUAUCCAGUCUGAUUUCUAGUUUAUCAGAUACAAAUGAAGGAAAAGAUGCUACUGUGAAUUUCUGGCGUCGGAUUCGAUGCCCAAGAUGUCCAGAUGAUACUGAUGAGUGCAGAGUUUCUCCUGCUGUGCUUGCCAACCAGAUAAAAAGACAGGCUGAUAAUUUCAUCAAUCAGUAUUAUAAAGGUUUACUGAUGUGUGAUGACGAGGGUUGCAAAUAUUCGACUCACAUUGUGAACCUUAGAGUGAUGGGGGAUUCUGAGAGAGGAACCAUCUGCCCGAACUAUCCACAAUGCAACGGCCGUUUAGUAAGACAGUACACAGAAGCAGAUCUAUACAGGCAAUUGUCCUACUUUUGCUAUGUACUUGAUGCAACCCAGUGUCUUGAUAAGUUGGACCAUAAGAUGCGGCUUCCUUUCGAGAAAGAGUUUGCAGUAUUAAACCAAACCAUAAGCUCGGCAUUUCUGGAGAUUCAGAAAAUCCGCAGAUGUGCUUUUGGAUGGGUUCAGUUGACAGAUCUAGCAGUGUCAAUCUGA